GCUGCGCGGCAGAGCGCCGACGCGGCACUGCGCGGCUUUGCAGAGCAGGAUGCAGCUUGGGCCGUGAGCCGCGAGCUGCUGAGCGACGCUGACCCAAAUGUGCAGUUCUUUGGCGCUCAAACUCUGUGCCGACGCGUGCAGCGGGCUGCGCAGGGCUAUCCGGAGCCUGCAGCAGGCGAUCUCAAGGACUGGGUGCCUGUGCUGCUGAAGCACCUGGAGACGGAUGCGACGAAGCCCUCGAAGCAGCAACUCGUGGUGGCACUGGCCGCAGUCGUUGUCGCUCUUUGCAGCACAACUUGGAAGACUGGGGUAGCAGAUCUUCUCGCUCUGGCCGAGCGGCAGCCGAAGAUCGCUUGGGGCACCCUGGUCAUCAUUCCUGAGCAGCUCUCAGAGGUUGUGCACAAGUAUUUGAAGGCUGAUGCUCGGACACUUGCCCUGCUACACCACGCCCAGGGGAUGCUCGACAUGGCAGUGAGAUAUCAGCCAACGUCGGACGAGGCUCCGACAGGGACGCUUGGAGAUCCAGACUUUUCGUUGGCGCUGCAGACUUUGACACAGUGGUCCAAGGUGAUGGGGCUGCAGCUGCUGGAGCACGGUGGCUUCGCCCAGUACCUCACCGGGCUUUUGAGUGGUCCUGCGGGCAACUUUGAAGUCGUGAUGGAUGCCGUAGUGGAAGUCCUUCGCAGGACACCAGGUGCUUUCAUCAUAUACGAACCAGUGCAGACGCCCGUGCCAGCACUGGAAGGCCUCCUCGGUGCAGUCACUCGAGCGAUGAAGGCUCUCCUGCCUACACUGCAGAGCGCUGCGCAGCAACAGGUCUCGCUCGACAUGGCUGAAGGGCGGCUGCUUCAACGCUGGGCCGAGCUAGCUGGAACCCUGGUGGAGGCAUACACUCAGCUUCUUUGGCUUGAUGCCGAAUCUUCGGAGGUGCUGCUUGCCUUCAUCGGGGCCUGCUUCGUCGUGCACCCACAAGUGGCACAAGCCGUGGCAGAGCUUUGGGCAAUUCUGAAGGAUGCACAGCGCGACAGCAAGCUCCCAGAGGGUGUGAUGCCAAAGAUCCUGCAUCGCCUGGUGGAGCCGUCUAUCCUAUCCUUCGUUCGUUUUGGACGCUUCGACUCGCCUCACACAGAGGACCGCAGCGACCUUGUGCAGCUUCGCAGCUCCCAGCAGGACAUCCUCGUGGACAUGUACUGCAUCGCGGCGGGGACUGCCGAAGCCCAGCUGGUUCUCAAUGGCCUGUUCAGCAGCCUCGAGAAGUCUGAGUCUGCGACAGACUUGCUCGGCAUGGAGGUGGUUUGGUACGCGUUCCAAGGGAUCUCCGAAGUGUUGGCAGACGAGCCAGCGAUCCCGGAUGUCUACAACAAGGUUCUCUCCACCGUUUUCAGGGUAUCCUCUGCGCCUGCAGAAGUUCUUUCCACGGGGGCGGCCUUGCUUCGAGGCUGCGGCCCUCACUUCGAGGAACGACUCCAGGCCCACCUUGCACCAGCUGUACAAUGGCUUAUGUCCGUCGUGGCGCAGAUCCCCCUGCAAGCCAGCGAGGUGAUUCAGGAACUUUGCGGGUAUGCUGGCAAGCUUUUGCUGCCGCACUUCGAGGAGUUCCUGAAAGUGGUUUGUCAGGUAGCACAGUCAGCCCCGAGCGAAGUUGAUGCUUCUCUUCAUGGUGCAUUGGUCGGCAUUACGCGCGACCUUCCAGAUGAGCAAGCAGCCCAUGCAUUUGCAAACGUGUGUGAUGGUGCUGGGACCCUGCUGAAAAGCGGGCUGGAUAUUUCCAGUGAAGCAGGCCGAGCAAGCUUCCAUCGCGUGCUCAGCCGCCUGCUGCGAUGUGUGAGCGUCGCGGAGGAGGCUGGCACAGCACCUCUCACGGCUGGUGCGCCGAAAGCCUCGAGGACUGCAUCACGGUGUUUGGCCAGAUUCUUGCUUCUGCACUGGGCAUCUACAGCACCUUUGUGCCAGACCCUGCUGAUGGCAGCACCCGCUACGAAAGAUGCAGCGAAAGGAAAGCCCAUCUUUGAGUACUCCGAUGUGGCCGUGCAGGUGAACGUCUUGGCACUGCUCCGUCGAGCUGCGAUGGCAGCUGCAGAGGUUCCCGAGGCGGCCCUGGCAGAGGGACUGGCGUCAUUGGCUGUGGCCUGUUGCAAGGAUGGGCAAUUGGCUCCGCUGUCUUCGCUGGCAGCGCUGUCAGCCAAUCCUGACGUGGCACGCAGCCACGUGAUGCCUCAUUUGGAUGUCAUCUCCAGCGCGGCAUUGACACAUGUACAGCACGGCCGCGCUGCAGAGGACCUGAUCCCUUUCCUUGAUCUUUGCUCCUGUCUGGCGGCUGCUGCAGGUGAUGCGCUGUUUGCCUCUCCACAGGUGCCGCCGCUGGCCCAACUUGCGGUGGCUGCAUUGGCUUCUACAGAGCAUGAUGUGCUGAAGCCUGUGCUGGUUUUCUUGCAGCGACUGCUCACGUCGCGAGCUCUCUCCCUGGGCGAAGGCGACGUCUCCAGCUUGGCGCAAGCUAUUUUUACCAGCUUCCACGCAUGGCCAAGGAGCAUGAACACUCAGACCUUCAAGGUUUUCUCAGCCUUGGCGGAGAGACACGAGCAGGUCUACAUGUCCACCAUUGCAGCUGCCGCUGGAGCACCUUUUUUGGUGCAUCUUUCCGCUGCAGACAGGCUCUUAGCCCAGCAGGGCCUCGCCCGCCUGCGUGGGCCGAAGCUCCGAGCUCUGCUUGGAGACCUUGCGCUGCUCACCCGGGGCGAUGCGAUCGAUGUGCUGAACGAUCAGUACAAGCCAAACGCUCAGACGAGGGAUGCUUUCGAAUGGCAAGCUUUUGCGGCGCCCACGGUCAAGUUUCUGGUGUCCUUACAAGGUACAAAAUGUAGGAAAGGCACUUUUGCCAGUAUUUCACCGGAGCUGCUCUACCAUCGAGUGCUUUGCAAUACGACGCUCCUGGGGAGGAAGGAGGCGCUGCUUUGCUCGGUCUUCAACUCCCGGGAGAGUUGGGAAAUCCUGGCCGGCCUCCAUCAGAUCCAAGGUUCUUCGCGACUCUUUCGGGAGAUCUUUCAGGAGACCAGCAGUGGGGACUUCGGCAUCCACAUAAAGGAUGGUCCUUUGUUUCGAUGCCAUACGCGUAUCCUGGACACUUCUGGUGGCUUUUGCGGAAAGAUCCGUCAGUUUGGGAAGCUCAUGAGCCGCAGCGCCGAUCACGAUGACAUCCCGGCGCCAAAGGAGUACUUCAAGGCUAUGGGCUAUCACCGCUUGCUGCAAGAUUUGCAAUCCAUCCAGUUCUCGCAGCCCAUCGACAGAUCCGUCUUAGCCGGUGGAAUCACCGCCACCAUAGCUGGAAAGCGAGAUGAUGCCAUGAAGCCCGGCUUCUCGACGGCGCAUUUCAUCGGCGGCACGAUCGGUACGAACAAGCGUGCUGACCCUUUUUUUCUGGCGGAAAGGUAUGAGAUCCAGUGUGACUGCGAGCUCAUGGCCGAGCUGUUGCGUUUCAUCUAUUGUGGCCAUGCGCUCGGGAUGGCCGAAACUGCAGGUGAGAUGUCGUUCUUCCACGAGGUGGCAGACAACGACAAGGCCAACGAGGUCUUGACUCAAAAGAUGCUGGCUAUCUGCUUUGAAGCUGAGCGCUUCUCGGUGGAUGCCCUGUAUGAAAACUUGCUGAACUGGUUCGGCAGAAGGAGUUUCUUUGUGGUCGGUGAGCUCAACUUUGCGGAUGCGCUAUGGCCUCAGCAGAAAAAUCAUGCCCUUCAAUCUCACUUUCGUUCUACCAUCUGCAGCACUAUGAACACCGAGCUACAGAGGUCCUCAUCACGACGCCGCUUGUCUGGAGCUGUGGAAAAGCUGCCGUUGAUCCGAUUGAUCUGUAGGCUAGCCAGCGAGAUGGUGUCCAGCCGAGAACAGUUCCGGGCUGUCACGAGGGACCCUCGAUGGUGUUCCUUGCCCGUUUACUUUGUAGAAACAAUCUUGAACUUCGAGCGCCUGCCCAUAGUCACAGAGACAGAGAUUUUGAGCCUCAUAGAGCGGUGGAACGCGACUGCCGACAAAGAGAAGUCGGACAUCGUUCGGCUGUUGGCAUGCUUCAGGCCUGGCCAGGACUCGCGCGUCGCCAUGAAGAACUGGCUCUCGUUGAUGGGCUGGGUGGACGAGUCAGGCAACGUCGUAUCAAUUCCUGGGCUUGAGGGCCUGGAGCACAUAGUCAACGGCACUGCCACGAAAGGCAAGAAACCACGCAACCACAAGAGUGAGAUAGGGGACGUCACAGACUUCACGAAGGCGAUGAUCGAGAAUUUCCAGUCCGAUCUUCAGCCUGAAGGCAAUGAUGAAGAGGCCGAGGCCACAUUCCUCCAUUACCGCGGCAAGAAGGUGCUCGCCCAAGGCUGCUCCUUCGACCUCGGUGCCGGAGAGCGAUUGCUGCAG